AGAGUAAACAAACCACUCACGUGUUUCCAGUGGUUUUGCAAGGCGGCGGCGCUUGUGGGAAGGCUGAAUAGCCAUGGCAUGCGGCCUGGAACAGACGUUAUGCGCUGGCUGCAACAUUGUUUUAUGGUGACCAGUGUGACAGGAGGUGUGAGCAUGGUUGAGAAUGGGAUACUUGCAAUCAGUCUCCAGGAACAACAAGCCAACACCAACAAACAAAAGCACAUCGUGUUCACAUUGAUCACUGCAGGUGCAUUGUGCAUUUUCGGAGGGCUCACAUGAAUUCUAUCCGAAAUGGUAUAAAAACUCUCAAGGUUUACCUUGCCAUCCCCGCGUCCUUUCAUGGACUCGGGAGUGGCCCAUUUUUCCCUUAGCCUCCCUCGUAUUGACGCUCUGACAAUAUUUGGUGGAAAUGCAGGAAAUAGGCUACUGCUCAAUUGCACUCCAUCCUCAGCACUGGACCCACACAACUCAACAAGUCCUUCCCCCUCAGCAUCUCCGUUGGUGUAUCACAGGAGC